AGAGAUAUAUAUGGCAGGUUCAAACAACAGUAGUUCCAUAAUAACUUUGGAGACAACACCAACAUGGGCUGUUGCUGUUGUAUGUUUCAUUUUGAUUACUAUUUCCAUUCUUAUCGAACAUGCCCUUCAUCUCUUAGCUAAGUACUUCAACAAGAAGAGGAGGAAGUCUUUGAUUCAAGCUCUAGACAAUAUCAAAUCAGAGUUGAUGCUUUUGGGAUUUAUCUCCUUAUUGCUGACUGUUCUCCAAAAGCCUAUUGCCAAAAUUUGUAUCCCAAAAUAUGCUGCUCAGACUUUUCUUCCUUGCCAAAGCUUGACAAGUGAUGAUGAUGAGGAGGAACCAAAAUGUGAACACCAGGGAAAGAAAUCUUUGAUGUCUAGAACAGGUGUCCAGGAGCUCCAGCUUUUAACAUUUGCUCUUGCUUCCUUUCAUAUUCUUUCUUGCUUCCUCACUUUCAGUCUUGGAACACUUAAGAUGAGAAGAUGGAAAUUUUGGGAGGCAGAAACAAGAACCUUAGAUUAUCAAUUUUCACAUGAUCCAAGGAGGUUUCAACUAAUUCAUCAAACAUCCUUUGGAAAGAGGCAUCUCAAUUUUUGGAGUGAAUACCCCUUUCUGCGUUUCCCAGUAUGUUUGUUGAGGCAAUUUUAUGGAUCAGUAUAUAAAGUAGACUAUUUUACUCUCCGGCAUGGAUUCAUAAUGGCACAUUUUGCAGAAGGAACAGAGUUUGAUUUCCACAAUUAUAUAAGAAGAGCUUUAGAUAAAGAUUUUAAAGUUGUGGUGGGAAUUAGCCCAUGGAUUUGGACGUUCUCUAUGCUCUUCAUAUUUUUCAAUGCAUAUGUGUUCCGUAGCACCUACUGGCUUCCUUUCAUUCCUCUAGCGAUGUUAGUGGUGGUUGGAACAAAGCUAGAGGGGAUUAUAACAAAAAUGUGUUUGGACAGCAAUUAUGAGUCAAGUGUUGUUAGAGGAAACUUAGUGGUUAGACCUGACGAUCAAUUUUUCUGGUUUGGCAAACCUAAACUUCUUCUCCAUCUCAUGCAUUUCAUCCUCUUUCAGAACUCGUUUCAGUUGGCAUUCUUUACAUGGACCUCGUACAAAUUUGGGUUAAAUUCUUGCUUCCACCGGAAAACAGUAGACAUUGUUACAAGGCUUGUUAUGGGAGUUGUGGUUCAUUUCCUCUGUGGAUAUGUCACUUUGCCUUUAUAUGCUCUCGUCACUCAGAUGGGAACCAAAAUUAAAAAUAGUGUUUUCACUGAUGGAAUGAUCAAUGGGCUAAGAAGAUGGCAAGCAAAAGCAAAGAGGAAAUUGGCUAAAAGAAACAAUUACUUAUUGGCACAAAAUUCAUUGGAUAUUUCACCAUCCUUUAUUAGAACUUCAUUAGAUGGUACAUCAUCGACCGAUACUGAAAACGAUGAAGAAAUUGUAGUAGCUGAUCAGAGACAACUUCAGCAGCACACAGAACAUGGAUCUUUUGAUGGCUUUCACUCCACUACAUUUACACUAGUACAACCCUAGAAUAUUAAUGUUGUAAAUAUUUUUAGCGGCGAAUUCAAGAUUUAAAGUAUGUGCGUUUUAGAAUAAACGCGAGAUAUUAUUAUUUGUAGACACUUUAGCCUCGUUAUAUGCAUUGGUUGAUAGUUUCUGAAAGAA